UAAAAAUACUGUUGCUAAUUUUAAUGAUGAAUAAAUGUGUUAUUUUUUGAUUGAUUAUAACUGUGAGUACACCGUAACAGUACUACAGACUUUAAUGUAAAUAUUUGUUUCAUAAGUCAAGAUUUAAUUAAGCGCAUCUGCUAUGAGUCCUGUUGAAAGUGUGCCUAUUGCUGUCCUUGGUCGUGUUGAUGACUAUGUUGAAUUACUUUACGAUGACAUUCCUGAGAAAAUCAAAGGGUCAGCUCUCAUAUUGCAGCUUGCGCGAAAUCCGGACAAUCUAAUAGAACUGGCUAGAAAUGAAGCCUUAUUGAGUGCUCUCUCUAGAGUUCUGAGAGAAGAAUGGAAGAGAAGCAUUGAGUUGAGUACAAAUAUUGUAUACACAUUUUUCUGUUUCUCAACUUAUAUUGAGUUUCACUCAGUUAUAAUUCAGUACAAAAUUGGCUCUCUAUGUAUGGAUGUUAUAGAUUAUGAAUUGAAAAGAUAUGAUCAGUGGAAGGAAAAAGUUGAAGGUAAAAAACAAGUCUUCCUGCCAGAUAAUAAGAAUGAAUUACCAAAGAGUCGUAUACCAGAACCAAAAAGGAGGCCUAAAUCAGGAACAUGGGCUGUGGCUGAUGUUAACAUACAAAAAACUCGUUCUGUAGUCUCUAGUUACCACGAAGAGCUGUGUAAUGCCUCUGAUGAAUUUCUAUCAAAAAAUGAUGAAGAACAAAUGAAAAGAAAACUUAAAACUUUGUCAAAAAGGCAGGAGCAGUUGCUUAGAGUUGCUUUUUAUAUGCUUUUAAACAUAGCAGAUAAUGUUAAAGUGGAAGAGAAGAUGCACAAAAAGGAUGUAGUUGGCUUACUAAUUGGUGCAAUGGAGAGACAUUCUAACAUUGAUCUUCUUAUUCUAAUUGUAUCCUUCUUACAAAAGUUGUCCAUUUUUGUUGAAAAUAAGAAUGCUAUGGCCUCAAAAAGUAUUAUUGAGAAACUGGCCCCAUUGUUAAACUCGCCCAAUGCUGAUUUAAUUAAUGUAACCUUGAAACUUCUCUUUAAUUUGACUUUUGACACAAAGUUGCGCAACAAGAUGGUGAAGGUCAAUCUAUUGCCAAAAUUUGUGCAAUUCACAAGUGAUGAUAAGCAUAUAAAUUUGGCAAUGAAAAUUCUUUAUCAUCUGAGCUUAGAUGAUCGAGUGAAAUUCAUGUUUACUCAAUCAGACUGUGUCAAACUAUUAACAGACAUGUUACUCUUAAAUGUGAACAGUGAAGUAAACUGUGAAAGUGGGCCAGGCACCACAGAUGUACUGCUGGCUCUGUGCGUUAACUUAGCAUGGUGUGACCGCGCCGCUCAACAGAUGGCUGCCGAGGGCCGUCUCCGGGAGCUCCUUGCGAGGGCUUUCCGGCAUCGAAAUGCAAUGCUGAUGAAACUCGUUCGAAAUUUGUCGCAUCAUGUUCAGAUUAAACCUCUCUUCGUGGAGUUUGUCGGAGACAUAGCCGACGCCGUUACCAGCGGCAACGCUUCCGAAGAAUUCGUCAUCGAGUGCUUAGGAACACUGAGCAACAUACUCACCGUGAAUAAUAACAUCGACAUUUACGCCGUCGUCGAACGAUACAAUCUGAUAGCUUGCAUAUUGAAGUUGUUGGAUGGCGCGAAUCAAUGCGACGCGGAGUUGGUGCUAGAGGCGGUAGUGGCGGCAGGCGCGCUGGCGGCGGACGAGCGCUCGGCCACGGCAUUAGCGGCACGCGCGGGCGGGGCGCUCGUGGCCGCACUGCGUCAACGGCAAGCCGACGACGAGCACGUGCUGCAAACCGUGUUUGCAUUCCGACAACUGCUCUCGCACCCACGCGCUGCCAACCACCUCGUCUCGAGCACCGAGGCACCCGCAUACUUAAUCGAUCUUAUGCAAGACAAAAAUGCUGAAAUACGCAAGAUGUGCGAUUCGUGUCUCGACAUUAUUUCUCAGAUGCAAAAUGAUUGGGCAGCCAGGAUCAAGGUGGAGCGGUUCCGUUGCCACAACGGGCAAUGGCUGUCGGUGGUGGAGACGCUGGGAGCGGAGGGCAACACAGGGGGUGGUGCGGGCGCGGGGGACGCGCCCGACGACCUGCCGCCGUAUCUCUCCGCCGAGUACCUCACCACGCACCGCCUCGCCACUACAAGCUCCGAUUCCCAGAUAUCACUUAACGAUGAUUCAGACAGCUUCUCGGGAGAAGUUGACUUCAAUCGCGCAAACAGCAGGAGUACUCAAGACGGGCAAAGUGAUGAGUUAUUGGGACUAUCUGAUUCCGGGAUAUCGGGAAAAACAUCAGAAGAUGAAUUUCAGUUUACAAAGGGCAUUCACUUAUUCGCCUAGAGACACAACAUGAAGCAUGUAUGAUAAAAUAAUAAAUAAUGUUUACUGAAAAUUGUUGUAAAUCCCGCACUUAGGUAGAUAUCGAUUUAUUAUUCAUUAGCUGAGGCUGACACGAAAGAAUUAAAAACACACGCUAAGUACGAGUUAAAUUUUACUUAAAGUAUUAAUAUUAUUAAGUUCAACAAAAAAAACAUUUUUCUUUUGAACUCCUAUUAUUUUUUAAGUUUAUAUAGUAAUUCUGGAAAAAUUUCAUGUAAUACAGAAGAAAAAAUUGCAAUUUCAGUAAAAAGGUUCCGUUGGCACUCUUCGGGUACGGAACCAAAUACCGUUUUAUAAUUUAUGACUAAUGAUAAAUGAUAUAAAGGUUCACAUCAAGCUAACAUUUUUAUAAAACAAAGUUUUAAAAUUGAGAGUAAUUUACGAGGAAUAAACGUGGCUAAAAUUUAAAAAAAAAA